AUGGAUACUCUGAAGGUAAUCAAAGGAUAUUUCAAAGUAGAUGAAGCGCAAGAUGUAGAGUUGAAGAGAAAGACGUGGAGGCAGUGGCUUUUAGUGGGAAUUUCCGUCGUGGCUCUGUUGGCGAUUACCAUCGGCGUCGUUGUUCAUAGCCGGAAAAACAAUUCACAUGGUUCAACACUGAGUUCAACUCCAAACUUGACACCAGCCGCUUCACUCAAGACCGUGUGCAGCGUGACUCACUUCCCUGCUUCUUGUAUGUCAAGCAUCUCUAACAUUCCAUCUUCCAACACGACGGAUCCUGAGGUUCUGUUCAGGCUUUCACUGAAAGUGGUGGUCGACGAGCUCGCUUCGAUAUCCACUUUGCCAAAGAAGCUCUCCGAAGAGACAGACGAUGAGAGUAUCAAAUCAGCGCUUGGUGUUUGUGGAGAGCUUCUAGACAACGCGAUGGAUAGUCUCAACGAGACUGUUUCCGCCAUGGAUGUCAGAGACGGGAAGAAUAUUCUGAAUCCUACGAAGAUCGACGACCUCAAGACAUGGCUCAGCGCAGCCUUAACCUACCACGAGACGUGCUUCGACGCGCUCGACGAGCUACGCUCGAACAACAACAUGACGACGACGGAGAACUACGCUAACUCCACAAUCUCGCGGAAUCUGAAAUCCGCCAUGAGAAACUCCACCGAGUUCACUAGCAACAGCCUCGCAAUCGUCGCCAAGGUACUCUCUACCUUGAGCGAUUUUGGGAUUCCAAUUCAUAGGAGACGGUUACUCGGUUCCAAGCCGUUCUUCCCACGUUGGGUGUGUCCACGUGUGCGGAAGCUACUUUCUGCGGAGAAUGUUACUCCAAACGUGACGGUGGCUGCUGAUGGCUCCGGCGACGUCAAAACGGUUAACGAGGCCGUGGCAAAGGUUCCGAGUAAAAGUAACACCAUGUUCGUUAUAUACGUGAAAGCUGGUACGUAUGUAGAGAAUGUGGUUAUGGACAAGAGCAAAUGGAAUGUUAUGAUCUACGGUGACGGAAAGUCCAAGACCAUUAUUUCCGGCAGUAAAAACUACGCCGACGGGACUAAAACUUACGAAACGGCGACGUUUGGUGUUCAAGGGAAAGGAUUCAUUAUGAAAGAUAUUGGAAUCAUAAACACAGCCGGACCAGAGAAGCACCAAGCGGUUGCGUUCCGGUCAGGAUCGGACCACUCGGUUUAUUACCGAUGCUCAUUCGAUGGCUAUCAAGACACUCUCUAUCCUCACUCAAACCGACAAUUCUACCGUGACUGCGACGUCACCGGAACAGUCGACUUCAUAUUCGGAAACGCAGCCGUCGUUUUUCAAAACUGCGAUAUCAUGCCGCGUCAGCCGUUUUCGAAACAGUUCAACACUAUCACCGCGCAAGGCAAGACCGAUGAUAAUCAGAACACGGGAAUCUCAAUCCAACGGUGUAGAAUCUCCGCCAAAGGAAAGGUAACCGCUGAGACGUAUCUCGGCCGUCCGUGGAAGAAGUAUUCGACGACUGUGGUUAUGCAGUCGGAGAUUGGGCCGAUCGUGAAUCCCGCUGGGUGGGUACGCUGGGAUGUCGGAGUUGAGCCUAAGAAAAUACUUUACGGAGAGUAUAGGAAUUUUGGUCGUGGAUCGGGCUUGAGUCAGAGAGUUAAAUGGGCCGCUUACAAGCCCGUUAUGUCUGAUGCCGAGGCAGCGAGGUUUACUGUUGCUGCGUUUAUCCAAGGAAACAAAUGGUUACCAGCGAGUGGAGUUCCAAAUCAGCUCACUUAG